GAGAGACCCCUCUACCUCUUUCCCUUCUCAGUUUCAGUGUCUGGUUAGAAAUGGCAGCUGCUGAGGACCCCUAAACUACUCUGGCAAAUUAAGGAGAUAUGCGUCCUUUAAAAUGGAUUAACUAAUCAACGGGAAUGUCAGCAGUCCAGUCUUGAGCUGUAAAUACAGACAGAAGAGGAUCUAGUGGUGUAUAUAUUUUCUAACCGCAGCGUCUGUCAGUCUAUCUGUGUGAAGUGUAUUUGUUUGGAAUUCCUCCAUGAUGCCUGAGGUGCGGGACCUUUCAGACGCCCUGCCAGAGAUGCCCAUGGACCCGAUCACUGGCGUAGGGGUUGUGGCCUCGAGAAACCGAGCUCCCACCGGCUAUGAUGUGGUUGCACAAACCACAGAUGGGAUUGAUGCAGACUUGUGGAAAGAUGGCCUGUUCAAAUCCAAGGUGACCCGCUAUCUGUGCUUCACCAGGACUUUCUCCAAAGAGAACAGUCAUUUAGGAAAUGUGCUGGUAGACAUGAAGCUCAUCGACAUCAAGGACACGCUGCCUGUGGGAUUCAUUCCCAUUCAGGAAACUGUGGACACACAGGAGCCGGCGUUCAGGAAGAGGAGGCUAUGUAUUAAGUUCAUCCCGAGAGACUCCACUGAAGCUGCCAUCUGUGACAUCCGUAUCUUAGGACGCUCUAAACAGGCGCCGCCACAGUAUACGUUCAUAGGAGAGCUGAACAAUAUGGGGAUCUGGUACCGUAUGGGAAAGGUGCCGCGGGCCCAGGACUCUUCCCCUGUACAGAACAACUCCACCACCAACAACACCAAUAACAUCCAGACUGUCACCAACAACUCCACUCCAGCGCCAGUCUUGCCCAAGCACAUAUCCAUGACCCUGCCGGCAUGUUUCAGGAAAAGCACAACCAGACCAGACUUUGAACACCAGAACUCCAACCUCUAUGCCAUCUCUGCUAUGGAUGGAGUGCCUUUCAUGAUUUCGGAGAAGUUUGCGUGUGCCUCCAGUGAUCUGCAGCAGGUGGAUCUAAUGGCCAUCAGAAUCAAAUCGCUUGCAGAGAUUGAGAAGGAGUAUGAAUACAGUUUCCGGACGGAGCACAGCGCAGCGGCCCGACUGCCGCCCAGUCCCACCAGAACAUCUCUGGGCUCCGAGGCCUAACGCUCACGCGCCGGAGGAAAGACCUGAUCAGAGCAGAGACUCAUCCGGCUCUCUGAAAGAACAACAGAAACCCACUAAUUCAACGGAUGGAGUUAUUUAUAUUUGAUUAACAAAUAUUUAAUGUGGUCAAGUUCAGUCUCUCUUAAGUUGAUGCUGCUUUUACCUAAAGAGCUUUGGAUCUCCAUCGCUUCAGUGAUCAAAUCUAAACCACUACCGUGUUUCUUUUGUUUUGCGACAAGUAUUGUGUCUGAAGUUGUGUUCUGAUUUAUUCUGGCUGCUGGACUGAGAUGCUGUUAUAAGGGUCACACUUGAACAAACCCUUAUUUGAGCCCUGAAGUCUGUGUUGGUGCAUCGAAUGCACAGAUAUGCAUCCUUAUAGAUUUUUUUUUUUUUUCAUUCUCUUGCUCGGUUUUAUUUAGUUGGCAGUGACUGCAUGACUUCAGUUUGUUCUUAUGUUUGGAAAUGAAGCCCAGUUCACUGCACUGUUACAGGACUUUUUGUGUUUGUCUGGAAUAAAAAAAGAGGUUAGGUUAAAAGAGAUUAGAACAAAAACACUCCGACUCUGAACAAACCCUUGUACAUAGACAAGCGAUGAUUCAGGAGUGCGUUGUUUUAGUAUCGUGUCUUUGUAAGGUCCCUCCUGAACUGAUCUGACACUCCAGUCACCACUGCUUAUGUUUUACUCAGAUUUUAUUCUCUUUCAGUCUCAUGUUAUGAUGUUGAGCGGUGCUCAAGUACUUCGAUAUCGUUUCUGCCAGUCCAUUUGUGGCUUCUGACAUUUAUGGUGGUAUUUAUUUGAGACUUUUUAAUAUUUCCACAGUCAUAUUUCAUCCCAAGAUUUGAAGAAAUAAACAAAUACAAUUUUGCUUAAAACAAGCUGUUUCUAGGACCAUAAAGAUGUGACAUUUUAAUGAGAUUAAAACUUAUGCACAAAUACUCAUUAUUGUAAUAUGAAAAAGAAAUCAUGCCACUGAUUUAAAUCAUCAUAAGUUCUGUAAAACAUUUAUUUUAAAUGAUGUGCAGUUUUUCCAUAUCGCAUUACUUAACUUGGUAACACUUUAGUUGAAGCCUUUAUGCGUAGUGCAUUGUAAACGUAUUCAUAAUUUCUGUAUAAUGCAUUAUAUCUUUUAAUAAAUAAUUGUAGUUAAAAGUUAAAAUGCAUUAUAAUGUUUGAAGGUUUGUUUGUUGUACUCAUCAGAUAAUGAUAAUUGUUGUGAUCAUACAGUACAUUAUAAGAUGCAUUACUUUGACUUACUACUUUUGUAAUGCAUUUUCUAUAAAGGCUUCAAAGUGAUACCAGACAUUUUUUUAUUUUUUUAUUUUUAGUAAUGGCAAUUUGGGGAAAAUUUAAAUGUGAAAAUGCAAAAGAAAAAAAGUGCAACGCUUUUACUUUUUUGUGCAAAAUAUUUCUCCUCCUUUUGAUUAUCGGUGUAAUUUCUUGACAGUUUUUGUGAGAUUGAGCUAAAUACAGUAUACAGGAGAACGUUAUCAUUAGCCAUGUAAACCAUGCAGUCCAGAAGCAGUUGACACAGUGAAGUUUUGAGUCCGUGUGCCACUGUGGUGAAAGUACAGUGUUAUUAUUUCGAGGCGUUUCUCUGCUGAAAGUGUUCAGCUUGGAAACACUGAGUCCAUUCAGAUGCUUUGACACCUUCACUGUGAGACUUUAAUCAAACACUCGGAUGGUUUUUCGUUUUCUUACAGUGUGGAGUCUAAUGUUCAAGCAGCUAUAUUAAUGUUACAUGUUCUAACCACUAUUAUGACUUUCAUUAUGUUGGAUUUAUAUUUCAAUUCUGUUUUUAAAUCUGAAAUUAACCACAAAUCUGAUAUUCUCUUCAUGUCUGUGGCAGUAGACUUUCAAAACUGAUUUUUCCGACAUCAGUCGAGUUUUUGGCUCGUUUGCAAGCUGUUUUUUAUUUUAUUUUAUUUUUUUAUUAAAUAUUAAAAUCCAAGAAUAGGUCUAACCUGUUUGUAAAACCAGUCCCUGGUUUAUACAUCUAGGAACCCACAUUAUAUUUGAACAAUAUAUAUCUGAAGUUACGCUGAUGUUGAUGUCGAUUUUUCAUUUCAUUCAUUUAACUGAAAGUCCCAUAGGAAUGCAUGCAGAGAUGUGUGUUUUUUUUUUUUUUUUCAAAUUUAAAAUAUUGUACUCUUUCAUCUAAUUAUUUAAUGAUUUUAUAUGAAGACUAAUUUAAAUGUUUAGGAAUAUAUGUUUCCCUAAUAUCUUUUUUUUUAAGUUAUGUUGGGAAUAUUUGAGUGUUUGGUCACAUGAACAAAUACAAUAAAACAUGUUUAGUUGCUGCA